AUGGAGAAUCGUCUUCAAAUGGAGGUUGCAAAGGUUAGCAUGCUUAACGAUCUUAAUACAUACUCAAACUAUUAUUCAAUUAGAGUGAAGAUUGUUAGCAUUUCGAAGAAGAUGAUGAAUGAUAACAAAAAUGAAAUAUAUCGUCUUGAUAUGAUCUUCAUGGAUGAGAUGGGAACUAUGAUACAAGCCAGCUGUCUGCAUAAGAUGCUAGGAAAAUUCAAAGACUUCCUUCAGUUGGAUGAAUGUCUUCUUAUCACCAAACCGUCUCUUGCUACUAAUAAGUCCUCUGCUAAGUAUACCAAGAGAAAUGACAAAAUAUCACUGUAUUAUACUUCUGUUGAGAAAUGGCUUGACUGGUCUGGACUGAAAUACCGUUUUAAUACAGUUAUUGAUUGGAUUGGUUAUGUGGAUAUAUGUUUCAAUCUAGAGGAUACAUCAAAGAAAGAUGGGAGCAAGGGCCAAAAGUGUCUGUUUACUUUGUGGGAUGGUUUUGCUAUUGACAUGUUUGCUUACAUGAAUGAUAAGAAACGAGAGAAAUAUGUUGUUAUGCUUUGUCAUUUUGGUAUGGUCAACCUUUACAAAGGCAAGCGUGGAGUUGCAAACGGGUUUGAGCUUAGCAGACUUUUUAUUGACACUAACAUUGAAGAGAUAUCCUCUUUUAAGAAGAGAGAAAUUUCUGCUUCAUCUUCAUCAAAUGAGCAUGUUGGUUCAAACGUUAUCUCAAGUGUUGAAGAUGAGUUUCUUAAUAACCCUGAUUUCAUGCUUAUUGGUUUCCUUGGAACCAUAUCAACGACAAAGAAGGUUUUGGUUCUUGGCAUAAUCACAGCUAUAUGCACUGAUAAACUUUGGUAUUACAAUGGUUGUAACCACUGUAAGUCAGGUGUGGAGGAAAGAUUUGUAACGAAAGAAAAUGCGGAUGGUUCAUUUGUUGUUGAUCAUGCAAAAUCAUUGGUGUGUACAAAUGAUAAAUGUGAAGGAGUCGACAUCUAUUGUAUUCUGCGGUUCAAGAUACCUAUUAGGGAGCAAGACUCUUCCGGUACUGUGUCUUUGACACUGUUUGAUUUCGAAGCUUACAAGAUUCUUAAGAAAACUACCAAAGAGUUGCUUUCAAUCCAAGAUCAGGUUGUUCAUUCUGGAGAGAUACCGAACCCAAUUUAUAUUAAUUUUAGCUUCGCUUUGCGUGCUAGAAUUUGGUCGAUGUCGUCCAUGGCUUUAUAG